AUGACAAUUCAAGCAAAGGAUCCUGAAAUGUCUUACAAAAGUUUUUUCGCUUCCAACGGAUACAAGAUGUCAGGCCCUCCUUUCGGCCUGUCGUCUCAGCGGCGGCAGGAACUGCGAGUUGCGUUUCACGCUUUUGACAAAAACAAAACUGGAAAGUUGGACGUAGGGGAGAUGAAGUAUCUUUUGAAGUCCAUUGGUGUCUGCCUCUCCAGAAGAGAACAAAAGGCGCUCGAGGCCGAGUUUGCUGAUAGAGGGGAAUUUGAUUACGAAGACCUACUGACAAUUGGUCAGGUGGUUUAUAAUGACGUGGCAAUCGAAAGGGCCCUCGUUCUGGCGCUUCGAAAGUUAACCCCUCCUGGGGCGAAGACUGUCUCCAGAGAAGUCUUAAGAGACAUGCUGCUUAACUUGGGCAUGGGAGUCAAGCUCACGGAAGAACAGGUGGAUAUGUUCUUGGAUAUAUGCUGCACGGAAGAUGGAAAGAGGAGCGACCAAAUUAAGAUCUCAACAUUCAUUUACAGGCAAGUGCUCUUUUACCCGUAG